CAUCAGAGCACCUUUGCUACGUCACGAGGAGGGAGGAGGAAGCAGAGACAGUUCUCGCUGCCAGCCGCUUCUCUUCAUCUCGCCUGUCAAGCAGACGUCCAUGCCCGCCUUGUGAAGCCACCCCGCCGGCAGUGGAAUGAGUUUUAUCAAGUGGAGACGGAGUGUGAAAGGAAAAGACAGCAAAAAGGAUGGUAUGCAGGUACAAGACGUCCCUGAUGGCGCGCACUCCCAGAACGGGUUAUCAGUCAUAAACACUCCACAAUUGGAUCCCUUCUUUAGUAACUUCAGGUUGCGCUUGCAAGACAACAAAGAUGCCCAGCAAAAGACUAACCCUUCCAACGGGUGCUCGAAGUCGGACCUGUCACUGGCUCUGGAAGACUGCAUGGGUGCCCUGGAUCUGUUCCUCCAAAAUGACUUUGAAGAUGCGCAGGCCCGCCUCAGGCCCCGAAUCAAAGACAGCAUGUACCAUGCGCUGACCUACGCCACCAUCCUAGAAAUGCAGGCCAUGAUGACCUUCGAACCCCAACACAUCAUGGAGGCAGGUAACACCAUGAAGGAGGCCCAGGCUGUUUGUCAACGGCACCGCAAGAAGUCCAGUUUUUCCAAGAACUUCACAGAAGACGAGCUCCACGCUGAAGUCUGUUAUGCUGAGUGCCUCCUGCAGAGGGCAGCGCUCACCUUUCUGCAGGAUGAAAAUAUGAUCAGUUUCAUCAAAGGAGGAAUCAAAGUGAGGAAUAGCUACCAGACGUACAAAGAGCUUCACAGAGUCCUCCAUUCCACUGGGUAUAGUCAUGGCGACAAUCAUGGUCAUUUUGAGGGCGGAGUCAAAUUGGGAGUAGGCGCCUUUAAUCUGAUGAUCUCCAUGUUGCCUACACGAACGCUCAAGCUGCUAGAGUUUGUGGGCUUCUCUGGUAAUAAGGAGUUUGGCCUCCAGCAGCUACAGGAUGGCUCUGCAGACAGUACUUUCAGGUCCUUCUUAUGUAACAUGCUGCUGCUUUGUUAUCACACUUUCAUGAGCUUCAUACUAGGUACUGGAGAAGGAGAUGUAGAAGAUGCAGAAAAAUUGCUGCAGCCUUUUCUGAAGAAAUACCCCAAGGGAUCCAUCUUCUUGUUCUUUGCUGGUCGAAUUGAGGAGAUCAGAGGCAAUCUGGACGCUGCUAUCAAGCGUUUUGAGGAAUGUUGUGAGGCUCAGCAGCAGUGGAAGCAGUUCCAUCACAUGUGCUACUGGGAGCUGAUGUGGUGCUUCACAUAUCAGAGGCACUGGAAGAUGGCCUACUUUUAUGCUGACCUGCUUAGCAAGGAGAACUCCUGGUCCAAGGCCACCUAUGCGUAUAUGAAAGCAGCCUACCUCAGCAUGCUAACAGAGGAUGAUUGUUUAACCUUCGGUGAGACUGCGCUCACUUUGUUCAGGCAAGUACAUGGGCUGAAGCAAAAAAUUGCCGGCAAGUCUUUACCAACAGAGAAGUUUGCCAUCAGGAAGGCUCGUCGCUACCUAGCAGAAAGUCCAAUUCCUCUUCCUGUUCCUCCACUUGAGAUGAUGUACAUUUGGAACGGCUAUACGAUCAUAGGCAAACACAAAGAUCUGACUGAAAACAUGCUGAAAACUCUGGACGAGGCACAAGCGAAACUGGACAACAUGAAACGGAAUGAGUUUUCAUUUGAUGACCAGUGUCUGCUGAGCCUCCUGAAGGGACUUUGUCUCAAACACUUGGGACACCACGAGGAGGCUGAACACUACUUUACCCUUGUACUUUGCAAUGAGACACAAAUCAAAUUUGACCACUACCUGGUUCCCAAUGCAAUGCUGGAGCACAGCCUGUUGUGUCUAGAGCAAGGUCGAAAUGAUGAAGCUAUAAAACUACUUGAAGCAGCAAAGCAAAAUUACAAAAACUACUCCAUGGAAUCUCGGACUCACUUCCGAAUCCAAGCAGCCCUACAAAAAGCCAGGAGUGCGAGUCAAAAUGGAGUCCACAUGCCCUCAAGUCCAUAACAGGUGCACAAGUGCUGAGACAGCUUCCUGCAUCUGCACUCCCACAAUGCGCCACUUUACUUUACCUUACCUUUUUUACUUAAGUAGGUGGGAAGAGGAAUACUCUAUAUUUAUUUUUUCCCAUUGUGUGUUUGUUUUUUACUGGUGACUACUGCUGAUGGCGUGCCCUCGUGGCACUGAUGGCAAUCAUAAGGCAUGACGUUUCCUCUUUUUCCAAACAUGCAUUCACUUUCUCAAUUCAUUUGAAAUGGAAGCAAGUCCACACAUGUAAUUCAAAUUAAAAAUUCACAGUUGCGCUGAAGUCAUCCAUGAAGGCACGGUGAAGUAGCAAAGAGGGUCUCCACUGAUAAAAAGUUUGGCGUUAAUAGAUCACAAAAACAGAAUAUAUAAUUUUAAAAUUAGAUUUUGAGACUGGUCAUGAUCUAAAUUAUAUUUUAGCUAAUGUUUACCUUUAGAAACAUUACUAUGUUGGAUUAGUAAUCAUUGUGUUUAUUACCAAUUUGCAUUCCAAAUGUCUUCCAUCUGCUGUAAUGUAUUUAAAACACGCACAGAUCUGUUUCAUUGUGUCAGUUCUGACAAUCCCACAUGGCUUUUAAACUCAUCCCAACUCUCCAGAGCUCAGUGUGUGAGUUAUUUACAUGUAUAUACUGUAAAUGGCACAUUUGAUUCAAAUUAUACUCUUAUAAGAUGACUGAUGAAUAUGUAUUUUAAAAAGGCAGCCAUCCUUUGUCUUGUUGGACAGAACUUGAGAACCUUGAACAAAUAGGCUAUUCAUGCCAAGCAAUCAGAGGACCGUGUGUUUGUCCACCUGUUGCAUCUUUAGGGAAGAUAGAUGCUUUAAAAGUAUGCAAAACCACUGCUGGCACCCACAAGUCCCAAAAAUGUAAAAUCAAACCAUGGUAAAAAUAUUUACAAAACAAUCUUGCCUUCCACCAAACUUGCUCCAAACAAGAUGUUUGCAAUGUGAGACCUUGGUAGUGUAUUUUGCAAAUAUAUCUAUAUAUUUGCGAAUCCGCCAUUUUUAUCUAGUUGUAGUCCAAAUUUGUAGUGAAUACGUUUCUUCUGUUUCCCUGGGGCAGACUGGCUCGUACAUGUACAUGCAUAAAGUAGCGUAUAUUUCUAACAUUGAUUACGGUGAGCUACCGGUCGAUCGCGGAGGGUAUGUGAGUCGAUCGGCAGACGGGCAGGAAAAAAAUAUACCUAAAAAUUUGCGAUAAUCAAUUUUCACUAUGACGUCACUGUCACUUGAUUGACAUUCACGGCACCCGAGGGUCUUGUGAGAUGACGCUGGCUGCUGCAAGAUCAUUAUUAAGAAAAAAUGACCGACAGGAAGGCAAGAAACACUUUUUAAUUCAACGGACACUUGCGCCGUACCUGCCGUCAAAACUCUAAAGACCAACUGCACAGUUCCCACCUUCACAAUAAAAGCGCUUUUUCAUCCUGCCUGCGCUAAUAAAAUAAGAGUCUCGGAAAUCUAGCAAGCUACAGACUUUGCCGUCAACGUAUUUCUUGUAAAGUGUAUAAAAACGAGUAUGGAAGCUGGACAAUUAAGAUGCCAAAAACCAACCACUUUCAUGUGAAAUUAGACAGAAAGGAGUACUUUUUUUCUCUCAAUUUGAAAAUGUGGACGUUAUCAGCACUACUGUCUGAUUCCAAUCAAUGCAAGUCAUCAGAAUCCGGUAAUACACCAACUUAUAUUCUUGUCUCCAUUAAAGAUAGGAAUCUAUGUGUUAAACAUGCUUGUAUUAUCUAAACACCUUUAACUUAUUAACAAAAACGUCUCUUUCAUAAAUAAAUAAAUAUAAUUAUAUACGUGUAUGUGAUUGAGGAAGAUCCCCUCGACUUGGUCAAUUGAAAAGUAGCGAGCCUGCAGAAAAAGUAUGGGCACCCUUGUAUGAACUUGUAUCUGUCAGUAGACUUGAUAUGGAAGUGCUAAAAACUACAACACGGCUGACAGGGAGAAGUCAAAGUCAAAAAGAGCUUGCCCUGGAGCACAUACUUGCCAACCUUGAGACCUCCGAUUUCGGGAGGUGGGGGGCGGGGCGUGGUUGGCGGCGGGGGGCGUUGUUAAGAGGGGAGGAGUAUAAUCCACCAACUCGAGUAUUUCAAAUAUAUAUAUAUAUAUAUAUAUAUAUAUAUAUAUAUAUAUAUAUGAAAUACUUGACUUUCAGUGAAUUGUAGCUAUUUAUAUGUAUUUUAUUAUAUAAAUAAAUAAAAUAAAAAGUUGAAUUUCCGACGGCACCUAUCAAAUACACAGAAAUAAAAACACAGUUGUUCUACUAACUGUACUGUAAUACUGGGUUGUGAACGAUGCUGCGCUGCGGAUACUUAGUGCUUCGCUGACCGUUCAUGGAUGAGAAUAUACGUUCGGCCGCCAUGUUCAAUGGAGAAGUCUGUUCUACAAUAUUUACAGGCAACAUACCCCUUCCCCUUCGAACUCUCCUGGAUAAACUGAAAUUCUUGUUUCCAAUCGUUCUGGAACUUGCAGGCGUAUUUCUUCAUUUUGCUUGUUGACGGUGUAAUAUAUUGGGUCGGAGUCAAUAACCAGGCGACAUGAUGAAGUUACGUCUCUUUACUGUGGGCUUCAGAACAGACUCCCUAAUGCAUGUUCCUUGACUGCACUUAAAUGUAGAAUAUAUUUACAUUCUAUUCUAUUUUAUAUACAAUAUGGCAGUAUUGUCCUGUUUAAGAGGGUCACAACGUUGCUGAGUUAGGUUCUCAUGGAGAUGGAGGGGGCGUGGCCUCCAGCUCCGCCUGAAUUUCGGGUGAUUUUCGGGAGAAAAUUUGUCCCCGGGAGGUUUUCGGGAGAGGCGCUGAAUUUCGGGAGUCUCACGGAAAAUCCGGGAGGGUUGGCAAGUAUGCUGGAGCAGGACUUCGGCACGUAAAAAAGACAGCCCACGAAACGGCGCAUUCUGUAGACACAUUCAGGAAACGGCUUGACGAUGGUCUGUAAAACCAAAUCUAUGCAAAAUUCUGACCAAAGAAUCACCAUUACAUUUUAUGUAGGCUACAAUUAAGUGAUUUAAAUGUAAAACCCCCGUGAAACGUCCAGUGCUGCUCCUGUAUCAGCAAUGCAUGGUUACAACCUCCUGCAAGAUGGACUUAAUGAUGACCUCAUAAUUGGCGCUCACGUGAAACUAAACUAACACUGCACAGAAUGUUGAAGACGACGUUAAUAAUGUUUGCAAACCAAAAACUAUUCAUUUAUUCAUGAUCAGACUGAGGUUUCGUGUCCACACUGAUUUUCCUUGUUAUGUUAAAAGCUUAUUUUGAAACAUUCUUUAAAAAUGUAUAUUUUAUUGUCAACUAUUCAUACUGUAAUUUUGCUUUAGGUUCCGCUUGGUCAUUUUAACAUUAUUUUUUGUGGCAUUAAAAUGUUAGAAAUAAGCAAUACUGUAAUGACAGGGCUACCGCAGAGCCUAGUGACAUUCCUAAAUAUACUGAAUGUUUUUAUUCUUACUUCAAAUAGAAUUAUGAAAGCAUGUGUUAUUGUCUUUUUGUCAUAGGCUACCAAGUUAUUUACAGCAAGAGUUUUCAAUAUAAGAUGCCCAAAUAAAUAAACCCUGUUCACACUGUU